AUGGCAAAUCCACAGUCAAGCUGGCUGAAGCCAUGCUGUGGGAGAAGGGCUACGGUGUGGCACGUGUUUCUGCUGAGUGCUGGAGUGAACAGCUUUUUGGUGGCCUGUGUCAUUCUUGUGGUGGUCCUAAUGACAGUGGAACUGCUGAUAGACACCAAGCUGCUACAGUUCUCGAAUGCAACACAGUGUUCAGGGAUCAUCCACUGGAUAAGCCUGUCUAUCUUGUCGAUGUUCUUUGUGGAGACUGUGCUAAGAAUUACCAUCCUUGGCAUAUGGGAUUAUAUUGAAAAUAAAGUUGAGGUACUGGAUGGAGCUGUCAUUAUUCUCUCUCUAGCUCCUAUGGUUGCUUCCACUGUGGCUAAUGGGCCAAGUAGUCCAUGGGAUGCCAUCAGUCUCUUCAUUUCCCUGAGGAUUUGGAGAGUAAAGAGAAUUAUUGAUGCUUACGUCUUACCUGUGAAAGUAGAAAUGGAGAUUGUGGUGCAGCAGUAUGAGAAAGCCAAGCUUAUCCAGGAGGAGCAGCUGGAAAGGCUAACACAGAUGUGCCAAGAGCAAGCGUCAUUAUAUAAAUGCAGAGAUCCCUACCUACUUGGCAUACCAACCACAAAGGCCAUGGCCUUGCAGGUCAACGGAGAUGCACAGAAUAACUUGGCUGGGAGAGGU